AUGUCUGAUAUAGCUAUUUAAUCAAAUCCAUAAUCAUUUUCAUUUGAAUUAAUUAGAGAGAGUUCUAUUAAAUAGAAAGAAUAUUGUAGUGCAGUAGCUAUAGAUAAAAAUAAUCAACUAGUUUUGGCAACGGCUGACAAGGCUAUAAAGGUUUUCUCUUUUAAAAUGGAAAGACUUAAAUAAAUUCAAUAAUUAAAUAUGAAUAAAAUGGAUGUUACAACAUUAAAUUGGUUUUUAAAUAAGUCCUAAUUUAUAAAUGGUUCAAUUGAUUCAACUAUUCGAAUUUCAUCAACUAAUGUAAUCUCAUCUGCUAAAUAUUUUUAAUAAUUGAAGGGUCAUUAAAGUUGGAUUACAAAUAUAAUAAUACAUCCUAAAAAUUAAGAUGUCAUCAUAUCAAGUUCUAAUGAUAGCUCAAUAAGAGUUUGGUAAAAUAUUGAAAAUUGGUAGUGUUGUUAAAUAAUUUAAGAUUAUUAAAAGGAUAUAAAAGGACUAUCUAUAAACUAAGAAGGUGAUUAAUUGUGUUCAUGUUCAGGAGAUUAAUAAAUUUUGAUAUUGAAACCAAUAAAUAAUAAAAAUUAUUUUAAAUGGUAAGUAAAUUAGAUAAUUAUGGUAGAUUAAUCUGGUUAUCGAAUUUGUUCUAUAAAUGAUAAAGUAUUCACAUUUUAAUAAGAUUCAAAUAAUUAUUUACAUAUAUAUACAAAAGAUUAAAAUGGAUUAUUUAGUAAAACAGGAUAAAUUAAAGUAGCAGGUGGAGAAUAAUCUUGUGAUUAUUUAUUUCCAUCCGUUUAUCAUUCUAGUAAAUAGUUAUUGAUCAAUAAGAAUGGAUACACAAUCAAUUUAAUAAGAAUAUUUAAUAAAAAUGAUUCUAAUGAUCAAAUUAAUAUUGAUUUUAUAUUAGAAUAAAUUAUAGAUUUUGGAGAUUAAUCUUACGGACAUAUAUGGGGAACUCUUAGUUAAGAUUAAAAAUACUUGAUAACAUGGGAUUGUGAUUCAUCAGAAAUUUAAAUUAGAAAAUAUACAGAAAAAUUAUGA